AUGUCAGGCCCGCCAGCGGAGUCGCGCCCCAAGGUCCCCCUGAAGCGCGGAAAGCUGUCCCCCAUGCGCGCAGUGCCCCCCCACAUCCCUCGCCCGCCCUACGCUGACAGUGGCAUCUCCCCACCCUUUACCAUGGAGCCCCAGGCUCAGGUGUGCACUGUGGUGUGGUACGGUGUGGAGGCACAGGUGUGUGCGAGCAUGGGCCACAGUGGCACCACGUGGUGCUGGCAGUGGCGCCACGUGGUGCUGGCAGUGGCGCCACGUGGUGCUGGCAGUGGCGCCACGUGGUGCUGGCAGUGGUGCCACGUGGUGCUGGCAGUGGCGCCACGUGGUGCUGGCAGUGGCGCCACGUGGUGCUGGCAGUGGCGCCACGUGGUGCUGGCAGUGGCGCCACGUGGUGCUGGCAGUGGCGCCACGUGGUGCUGGCAGUGGCGCCACGUGGUGCUGGCAGUGGCGCCACGUGGUGCUGGCAGUGGCACACAUGGUGCUGCUGGCACAGGAGGCGCUGCUAUUGCAUCACUUUCAGCGUCACUCACUCAUGCUACCAAUCCCUCUCUCUCACUCACCACACCCUCCCGUCUCGCUGGUACAUGGUAUGGCAUGGUAUGGUGUGGUAUGGCGUGUUAUGGUGUGGUGUGGCGUGGUAUGGUGUGGUAUGGCGUGGUAUGGUGUGGUAUGGCAUGGUAUGGUGUGGUGCAUGGGGAGGAGGGGCAGAGGCGCAUGAGGGAGGCGGGGCAGCUGGCAGCACGAGUCAGAGACCACGCCGGCACACUUGUGAAGCCUGGCGUGACAACAGACGAGAUCGACUGUGUGGCGCAUGACAUGAUCCCCGGAGUCACAACAGACGAAAUAGACCGUGCAGUGCAUGAGAUGAUCAUAGAGGCGGGAGCAUACCCCUCGCCGCUCAACUACGCAGGCUUCCCCAAGUCUGUGUGCACAUCUGUCAACGAGUGCAUCUGCCACGGCAUCCCCGACUCGCGGCCGCUAGAGGAUGGGGACAUAAUCAACAUCGACGUCACAGUGUACCUCAACGCCCCACCCUCCACUGUGUACCUUGGCUGGCUCGCUAAACUUUCUUUUCCUCUUCUUAUUUUGUUCGUGCUUCUGUGCUGCAAUGAGGCCACCCCACCACCCCACCCCACCAGGAUGGGGACAUAA